UAUAUAUUUGCAGUGCUUACAGUUACUGUGACUAGUCUUCAAUUCAUUGCCUUGGAAGGCGCAUUCUAUGCCAACUUUGUCUUCUUCUUACUCAUGCGUGGUUUCCUCUUCUCCACAUUCUGUAUAACGGUCAUCUCAGCAUUCCCACUUUCUCAGUAUGGAACCAUCUUGGGAGCGGCUUCUACUCUCAGCGGUAUUUUCGCGCUGAUACAGUAUGGUCUUAUUCUACCAAAGCCAAAGAUAGCAAAUUCCAUUGCUCUCAUAUUGGCUUUUCUUCUAUUUAUUCCACCCACAAUUAUCUACAUCAUGUCGUCAAAGGCAUUGAAGAAGCUUCCAAGUGAUGUGUUCGAAAAGGACACAAUCGAAGAUAAUCUUUCCUCCAUUCAUUUAUAA